AUGCGUUUUGUCCCCGUGCUCGCGCACGUCUUGACCACGGGCGUGGCCGCCCGUUCGGCCUUUUAUCAGCCGUCGGAGCAAAUGCCGAUGGGUUCACACAGCCCAAGCGAUGAGAUAUGUCCACUGCCGGCAAAAGUGGCGCCACCAAACGAUGGCUUCCAUUCUUCUCUCGAAUUUAUCCGCGAUCCAUCCGUCCGUGAAAGACAGGUUGACCGAUUGUCGCGUGUUGUGCAAGUACCUAGCACCUCAACCGAGUUGGAGGAUGAUCCGUGGAGCGACUAUUACGCCCCAUUUGGGGAUUUACAUAAUGUUCUAGCCGAUUUGUUUCCUGUUCUCCAUUCGUACGCUAAACUCGAGAAAAUAAACCGCUUCGGUCUCGCCUACACCUUCAAUGGCAGUAACCCUGACCUCAAGCCUGUUUUGUUAAUGGCACACCAGGACGUUGUGCCCAUCGACGACGCUAAUGACUGGACUUAUCCUCCUUUUUCCGGUCACUACGAUGGCCAAUGGCUUUGGGGUCGAGGCUCAAGCGACUGCAAGAAUACCCUGAUUGGGAUUCUUUCUGCAGUCGAGGAUCUGCUCACCCAGGGCUGGUCACCGACGCGCACACUCAUUCUCUCGUUUGGGUAUGAUGAGGAGUCUAAGGGAUGGAAGGGUGCGGGCGAGCUGGCCAAACACUGGGAACAGCGAUACGGAGCGGACAGCUUUGAAUUCAUUCUUGACGAAGGUGGAAUGGGACUGCAGACAAUUGGCGACAAGAUUUAUGCACGGCCGGGUGUCGGUGAAAAAGGCGCUAUUGAUCUUCAUUUCGCAUUGAGUGUUGAUGGAGGGCAUUCGUCUGUUCCGCCGCAUCACACGGGCAUUGGAAUCAUCUCCGAAAUUGUGUAUCACCUAGAACGUGAGCAGCUCUUCACAGCACGCCUGGAUCUAUCGCACCCCGCAAGACAGGGGCUUGAGUGUCAGGCGAAACACUCUCCCGAAUACGUUGAGUCUUGGCUCUGGCCUGCCCUGCAGUCAUCCGACUAUGUCGGUCUCGCCGAAGCCCUCGCUGCAUCUCGUGGUGAACGAACACGAUACACAUACCAAACCUCACAAGCAGUCGACCUUAUAAGCGGGGGAGUCAAAAUCAACGCGCUUCCCGAGAAGAUCAAUGUUACAGUAAACUAUCGAGUCGCCCUCCACGAAAACACUGACAUCAUCAAAGCCCGGGCCAUUGACAUUGUCGCGCCUAUCGUGAAGAAAUACAAUCUCACAUUCUCUGCCUUUGUAGACUCGCCCCCUUCUAAUUUGAAAAACCAUUUGGAUCUCUCCGUCUUCUCUCCACUACUUGAACCGGCACCGAUUAGCCCGACAUCGUCGCGUAACCCUGUCUGGGUUCGAUUUUCAGGUGUCACUAGACAGCUGUUUGAAUCCUUGCCAACGCCUCCAGGCUUUGGAGCGCAAGACAGUGAAAAGAAACAAAUAAUUGUAACCGGAGAUGUCAUGACAGGAAACACUGACACACGGUUUUACUGGAACCUAACACGCGAUAUCUGGCGGUUCAAUCCAAUCCGCGAAGGCGGGAGUGAGAAUAUUCAUACAGUUGAUGAGAAGAUUAAUAUUGCAGUACAUUUGGAAGGCCUUGCAUUGUAUUACGAAUUGAUCCGAGCAUUCGAUACUUGGGAGCACUGA